AUGAAACUUGAAAAUCUGGUAGUGAUUAUCAGAGCUAUGGCUGCUUACUGGAAUUGGGAUAUUCUCCAUGAUCGGGUGGAGCGGCCUGUGUUUGGCCCACUGAACAUUGAAAUGACAGACCUUACCACCGGUGGCGAUAAUUUGGAAGGAUUUGUUGGUCCGCAUUAUCUACAGGAUGAUCACUAUUGGGGAAGAUUCAACGAGAUUAUGGACGAUUGGUCACCCUACGACUACGACUACGAUUAUGAGAUCUGGCAAAAUGCCACCAAGGCGGGCAAACAUUGUUACAUUAAAACUGAUGUUUACUACUUCCAUUUGAGGGAUGAACUUGUUUGUGAAUGA